UCUCUCUCUCUCUCUCUCUCUCUAGGAAUCUUCCAUAGCUGCGCGUAUUAAGAUUUGCUCUGAAAACCAUCAAAUUACUUGUAUGCGCCGCGUAUGAAUUUGCGAAGCUACCUCUGUUGAGCAAUUUCUGGAAGAUUCUUCGAACAAAUCCGAGAGAAGUACAUCUGAAAAAUGCAGACUAGAACAGUUGAGGUGAAGAGAGUAUCAGAUCUAGCGACAGCCAGAGAGAUUCAUGAAUUCUUUUCGUUUUCCGGUGAAAUUGAACAUAUUGAGAUCCGUAGAGAGCCAGGGCAGCCAAAGACCGCAUUUGUUACGUUUAAAGACCCGAAGGCACUUGAAAUUGCUUUGCUGUUAUCGGGGGCAACCAUAGUGGACCAGGUUGUCAUCAUAACACCAGCAGCAUACUAUGUACCCCAACCUGAGGUUCGGGAAGUAAGGAUUGUUGACAAUGCAUUAAGCAUGUCUCAGGAGAAUCCUUCUACAGUUUCUGAGGGAAAAAUGAGUCCAAAUAAUGGAAGAGUGUAUGUUAGUAAAGCACAGGAUGUUGUGUCGAGCGUUCUUGCGAAAGGUUCAGCAAUUAGACAAGAUGCUGUAAAUAAGGCCAAAGCAUUUGAUGAAAAGCAUAGGUUGACGGCCAACGCAUCUGCGAGAGUGAUUUCCCUUGACCGGAGAGUUGGUCUGUCAGAAAAACUCACAGUUGGAAUCUCGGUUGUCAAUGAGAAAGUGAAAUCUGUUGACCAAAAGUUUCAAGUGUCUGAUAAAACCAUGUCUGCUCUUAUGGCAGCAGAAAGGAAGAUAAAUAAUACUGGAACAGCUGUUAAAUCAAGCAGGUACGUGACAGCUGGAACAACUUGGCUCAAUGGUGCCUUCAACAAGGUAGCAAAAGCUGGGCAAGUAGCUGGUACAAAAACUAGAGACAAAUGGAAUUUAGCAUUAUCUAACUUGACAGCUAAGGAUCCUCCUAUUGCCGCCUAAAUCCAGGGUUUGGACUUGUAGAAUUGCUUGUUCUCUUCUUGUGAUGGCUUGUUUUCAGAUGAUUUUAGUUUUAGAGACAUCAUAUAUGCUUUUUACUCGUGUGAGUGUCGAUUGUCGAACAUGGCAGUUCCAUUCUUCGUUGGCAGGUUCGUGUGAGUCGAUUGUACGCUAUAAAUUGUGCAAUUUAAUUUGUUUCAUUGUUUGAGUUUGAGCAGCCUUGUGCAUGUGAUUCCUCAUUUAUGCGACUUCUGGACCUGUGUUGUCCAAUUUUAUUUUGUUCUGUAAAUUUAGUUCUGUUUCAUCUUUGUACUUGUCAUCAUUACUGUUAUUACUAUUAAUAGUAUGACACUAGUACACGGAUGUUUGAUGAAAACAUUAA